AUGGGAGAACAUGCUAAAAUAUUUCCUGGGUUUUGGCCAUACGGUGAUCAAGUAAUUCUUGGUUGCAUUCACAAGGUUGGCCUUGGACGCUUCAAAGGAUUGGUCUCAACAACUGCUUUUCUUUUCCUCUUUUCCUUCGUUCUUAUUGCAGCCUUGUUUAAUUGGAUGCAAAUUCCUAUCAUACAAGGUUCUCCAUUAGCCCAUAUGAGUUUCACCACAAGAAGUACCAAAAAGCACCACGAAAGGGUUGAAUUCCCUCUCAAUUGCUCCGUCGCAGCUUUACAAGGAAAAAAAUGCCCGAACAAGUACCCGUCGGUCUUUGAACCUGACGAAUCAUCAACCGAGACUUGCCCGGACUAUUUCCGAUGGAUCCACCAAGAUUUACAGCAGUGGAAAACAUCAGGCAUUACCGAAGACAUGAUUGAAAGGGGAAAGGCAAGUGCACAUUUUAGACUUGUCAUUGUUGGGGGCAAUGUUUAUGUUGAAAAAUAUACCAGACCAUAUCAAACAAGGGAUGUGUUUACCAAAUGGGGCAUUUUGCAACUUUUAAGGUUGUACCCUGGUAAAGUACCAGAUUUGGACCUAUUGUUCUACAGUGGAGAUGAGACGAAGAUCAUGAGAAGUGAUUACCAAGGUCCUAAUUCUACAUUAGCACCGCCGUUGUUUCAUUAUUGUGGAUCCGAGGAAAAUUUGGACAUUGUCUUCCCUGAUUGGACCUUCUGGGGAUGGGCUGAAGUUAAUAUAAUGCCAUGGGAGGACAUGUUGAGGGCAAUAAAGAAAGGGAGAAAGAGGACCAAGUGGGAACAAAGGGAACCUUAUGCCUUUUGGAAGGGUAACCCUCACGUUGCUAAAAAUAGGCUUGACCUUAUGAAAUGUAACCUUUCAGAUCAAUAUGACUGGAAUGUUCGACUCUAUUACAAGAAUUGGAGUAAAGUAGUUGAUGAAGGGUUCAAUAAUUCUAAAUUGGAAGAUCAAUGCACCUACAGAUACAAGAUUUAUAUAGAAGGAUCAACAUGGUCCGUAAGUAAGAAAUACAUACUAGCAUGUGAUAGCAUGACAUUGAUGAUAAAGCCCCGAUACUUUGAUUUUUUCUCGAGAAGCAUGGUGCCAAUGCAGCAUUAUUGGCCCAUACGCCGCCAAGACAAAUGCAGAGACCUUAAAUUCGCCGUUGAAUGGGGCAAUAAUCACACUCAACAGGCACAGGACAUAGGGAAGGCAGGGAGCAAAUUCAUCGAAGAGAUUCUAACGAUGCGGAACGUAUACGAUUACAUGUUUCACUUGUUGAACGAAUACUCAAAGCUAUUGAAGUACAAACCGACGGUACCUUCGAAAGCUCGAAGGAUAUGUGUCGAAUCAACGGCGUGCAAGCAAAAAGGUGUAUGGAAGGAGUUCUUGUUUCAAUCCUUGGUGAAGUCACCAAGCAAUAAGCCUCCAUGUGAGUUGCCUCCUCCAUAUGAACCUCAAGCUAUUCAAGCUUCAAUGGACAAAAUAGACAACAUAGACAAGCAAGUGGAGAAUUGGGGGAAUGUAUAUUGGAAUAAGCUAAAUGAUACCAAUCAAUAG